GCUGUGGGCAGCUCGGUGAAAACCUUUCCAGAGCAGACUGGCUUAGCAACCUCAGAAUUUCCUUUUGGUUUCUUUUGAUAAUGAAGAAAGAAAACAGUUUUGCUUUUAACUAUGACUUCUCAGGAAGAGGUACAAGAGACAAAUCCCACUACUGGAAGUCUUGAAAUCAUCUCUAUUACAGAAGAUGAACCACCAGUACCAGAAAUUCAGUUUUCCUUCAAAAGAUUUUUCUGCAUACCACAAGCAAAAGUGGACCCCAGUGCAGAUGGAUCUGGAGAUAUCGAACCACCUUCAAUGUGCCAUGUUUUUAUCUCCCUAAAAUACUUUCCAUAUAUCUGUGGUUUAUUCCUUGCAGUAAUCCUAGCAGUUGCCAUUGGCCUGGGAGUCCAAUACAACUGCAUUGGGAAGUUUCGCUGCCGAUCAUCCUUUAAGUGUAUCCAGAAAUCAGCCAGGUGCAAUGGUGUCUUCAACUGUAAAGAAGGGGAGGAUGAGUACGGAUGUGUCAGGUUGAGUGGCAAGAAAGCAGUGCUGCAAGUGUUCAUUUCUGGAUCCUGGCGAACAGUCUGCUCUGACGACUGGAAAGCAGAGUAUGGAAAUACUACCUGCAAACACCUGGGUUUCUCGAGUUACGUGAGUUCAGGUUACCUGCCCGUGGCUGCAGUUGAAAAACAGUUUCAAAGACAUUUCGUGUCCCUCAGCCACUGGUUAUCAGCUGAUCAAGUGACAUCCCUGCACAACGCAACAAACCUCAGAGAGGAAUGCACUUCUGGCAAUGUGAUCAUCUUAAAAUGUUUGGCAUGUGGGACGCGGGCCAGCUACGGGCCACGGAUCGUGGGGGGCAACGCGUCCUCCCCCCGUCAGUGGCCCUGGCAGGUCAGCCUGCAGUUCCACGGGCACCACCUCUGCGGAGGGUCCGUCAUCACCCCACGCUGGAUCAUCACAGCUGCCCACUGCGUCUACGACCUGUACUUGCCGAGCUCAUGGAGUGUGCAGGUUGGUUUUGUGACUCAGCAAGACACCCAGGUUCACCCAUAUUCAGUGGAAAAAAUUAUAUACCAUCGCAAUUAUAAACCCAAGACAAUGGGAAAUGAUAUAGCACUGAUGAAACUGACAGCACCGCUUACUCUCAAUGGUCACAUAGAGCCCAUUUGUCUGCCUAAUUUUGGUGAACAGUUCCCAGAAGGGAAAAUGUGUUGGGUAUCAGGAUGGGGAGCAACUGUGGAAGGAGGUGAUACAUCUGACACCAUGAAUUAUGCAGGUGUUCCUCUGAUUUCUAAUGCAAUUUGCAAUCACAGGGAUGUCUACGGUGGGAUCAUAACUCCUUCAAUGCUUUGUGCUGGUUUCCUAAAGGGAGGGGUAGACACCUGCCAGGGAGAUAGUGGGGGCCCUUUAGCAUGCGAAGAUAUGAGUAUCUGGAAGUUGGUGGGGACCACCAGCUUUGGAGUGGGCUGUGCAGAAAAGAACAAGCCGGGCGUCUACAGCCGAACCACCUCCUUCCUGGACUGGAUACACGAACAGAUGGAGAGAGAAGAACUGCAGACCUGAGGAGAGUGGUGGUGCAUUGGGCUUCUGAAAACCCACAUCAUGCUCCAGCCCCACAGAAGGACCCACCACACUUUUCUGGACACUUGCUCUGAGCUUUGUACUUUUACAGACUACUUUUUACCAUUUCUUUUUGGUACUGGUAACUGUACUUAAUGAAAACUGUUGCACAUUCAGCCUCUUUUGGAUGGAAGAGGCAGCUGGAUGCUCGAUGAUGGGUAUGCGUAUUUACUGUCAACUACAGAUUUCAUAUGUAGAGAAAGUGCUAAGACUGAAAACCCAUGAUGCUAUCACAAUGAAGUUUUGCAGGCAUCAUGAGUAAAAGACUACAGCAACUUCAGAUCAGGUUGCUAGCUAUUACUUUAGUACUUACCUUCCAAAAACCAGACUACAAAAAGACUUUUCCUGAAAGUGUUCAUAUAUAAGAUCCAUGCUCUGUUGCACAGGCAGCAGCAGCUUUCUUUGAAGCCAUAAAGCAAGCAGGAAGCAAGCAGUUGGCAAUUUUGGCAAGCAUUUGGCAAGUAUGUUCAACUCUUGUUAGAAAAAAAAUCUCUGGAUUCACAUCUUUUAUCAUGUGGCUGUGAACAAAGUCCCUAAAAAUUGAGUUCUUAGGUGUUUUCUUGUAGUAAAUAGCUCUGAGAUGAGCAACACACAGGCUGUAACUGAAGAAUUCUGAGGUUACUGAAUAGUCUUAAAGGGAAGAGGGGCUUCUUUACUGCCUUUCAAUAGGCUAGAGAGCCAAAAUCAUUGCUCUGUGAUGCACCAUGCAGUGCAAUAGCCAUUGAAUACUCCCAAGCUCACGUUAUGUAGUACAGUUCACCAAGGAACUCGUACUCAGUCGCCUUCCCUCUUUUCCCUCCUUUUCUCUGCGGGCAGGACAAUGUAGAUCUCACACUCUUUGUACCUGUUAGUGACAUCAGUGGUGCAGAUGAACUGAUGCCAGCCAGGCAAGGGACAAAAUAUGUGAAGUGCUGCUGUGGUUUCCUGUUUUACAAGCCAUUUUAAUAUAACAGCCUUGUGUUAUUAGGUUGGCAAAUGCCUGAUCCUUUUGCACUUGCCCCUUGUAAAAAUCCUGGGAUGAAACUUGUCAAUUUUAAGAAUUGAUUGCCAGGGACUAGGUAGGCUGAAUAAUGGAUAAUAUUGUCAGAGCUUUUCAAUAUCAGCCAAAACUGAUCUUAUCAUUUGAUCAAGUGCUGCUGAUCUGCUUAAAAAGUGGUUUUGGAUGCAGUCUGAGUGCUUCUAAAUCAGUAUCUGCAUCAUCACUGUCAUCCACCACUGCUGCAAAAAAGUGCCAGCGGAACUGGAACUGCAUUCUCGCUGCAACACGUCAGGUCAAAACCGAGAGACAACAGCAAACCCACAUGAACUGUCAAGCUCCACAUUGCUCUGUGGAUACAGACUUUGAUCUCAGAGGACACUGCAUCAAUAUAUUUCACCCUGGUUAAAGAAACUGCAAUGCAAUGGAAACAGCACUUCCAAAAAUGGCAUGUUGUUAAAAAGAAGAGGGACGCAAAAACUGGAAUGAAAUGGGAAAUUUCAACUUGACAGAACCAUGACAGAAUUAAAACAAAGUAUGUUGAAACCUUGUGUAACUAAGACAUCUUCAGAGGAGUUUUAAUGUUCACUGUUUAUUAUCAUAACAUUUUCACAGCCCCAACAUGGCUCAUGUUUUAGUAUUAUCAGCAGUCUGGAGAUGAGGGCACUGCUCUCUGAGCUCAUGGAGUUGUUAUUUCAUAUUUCUGAAAGGAGCCCUGAAAAUUCCUUUUGCACUCCUUCUAUUUCCAUAAAAAGACUGUACGAUAAGUAUCCAUUGUGGUCUGCCUUUAUAUUAAAGAGCAAGCCAAUGUAAAAUGUAGAAUGCUAGUGAACUCUUCCCAACAAGAAGCCACAUUGACCCCCAGAUCAAUGACAGUCACUUACGGGUACACCUAGCCCAGGGAGUCUGCAAAUCUUUCUUCUGAUUUCUGUUAUGCCCCUUGCUGUGGUGUUUUAGGUAUAGGCAGAAUACAAAAGAGUCACUCUGUAAAAGUGGAUUUUCCUCCCCCAGCUUAUGCCAUUAACAUACAUGCUAGAGGUUUUAAAAUAAAUAUAAUCACAACAUUAGCAUAUUUCUUUGUGUUAACCCGGGUGAAGAUACAUGGGGUUUUAGGACAUUUGCUGUGGGAAGGGUUUUGUACAGAGAUGGGCAUUGUGUCCUAUUCAGAGAGGUGGGAUUGAUGAGCUGGUCUCUUCUGGUAGUCAGUAUUACAGCUGGAAUGAACUGGUAGACAGUAAAGUAACUUUUCAAAGAGAUUACAUGACAGGUUACCGAGCCUUUCCUUUUCCUUGGAUUUUCUUCUCUCUAUUCAAUGAAAAUAACUGGCUACACCAUGCGUGCAUGUCCAGAGGCUUGCCAGACCAGGUGGGGUUGAAGGCAGCUCUAGUUUAACUAAUCCUGAUCAGGAAUUUCAUGGUAAACACCUUGGAAGGUUUUAAGAUCUUUAUACUAGAGGAGUGUAUAUCUGCUACGUUAUUAAAGAGGCUGAUGAAAGAGCUUCUAGCUUGUGAACUCAGAUCACUGGUUAAAAUGGUUGCUUUAACAUAGGAUUAUGUUACAGCUGUAGUAUCUCUUAGAAAUACAACCUGCUUGUAUGCACAGCCUGUGGAGAAAACUUGCAUCGACAUGUAAUAAAGAGGCUCUCAGAAAAUUAAUCCAAUGCAUAACUUUGCAAGAGAUGCCCAGCAUGUGAAGAAAAAUUCCUUUGCCAUUCAUCACUUCUUCCUGUUACCAUUAUAGUUAAGCCUGGAAACUGAGACAAAGCUGGUAAGUUUGGAUGAACCAGAUGAGACUUUUAUUCAAUAUGCGGUUUUCCCAGACACUCUGAAAAA